UUUAAAUCAAAACAAAAUAAACAGUUUUUCUGGCAAAAAUUGUAUAACUAAAAUCUUUAAAUGGCAGAAGCUUCCUGUAACUUUCCUGAUCUUUUCGCAGUUGAUGUAAAAACUAAUUGCCCUCAUAUAAGGUGGCGUCCGUAAUACCCAGUGGCAUAGCAAGGAUUAUUCUUGAAAUUCAAACAUAGAUCUAGCUACAGUAACAAUAUCAGAUUUAGAAGAUAGUGAAGCAAUUUCUGGAAAUAUAACAAUUGAUAUAAACUUACCUUGUAAGUUAUGUUCUAAUCAGGGAGAAAAUUGGAUUUGCUUAACUUGUUCACAAACUUUCUGUAGUCGUUAUGUAAAUAAACACAUGCUGCAUCACAGUACUGAAACAUCACAUCCAAUUGGAUUAAGUUUUCUAGAUGCCAGUGUUUGGUGCUACUUAUGUGAUAGCUGGGAGUAUUUUGAAGAGUUUAUGAAGCUUUUGAAGCGCCAACGUGAACCACCUUUCAUAUACUCUUCUAGAAAUGUUCGGCUUGAAAACAUUAACCUAAAAAUUUUAAAUCCUUCUUUAAGAUAUAACCAAGCUCAGAGUUUUGUUCCGUUUGGCUUAAAUGAUUUGCUAAUUGAACAACUCAAGAAAAAUGGUAUCAAUAAACCUCUCGAAGUACAACAAAGAAGUCUUCCGGAUCUCAUUGCAGGUAGAAGCGCAAUCAUAGAGUCUUCCACGGGAAGUGGGAAAACACUAGCAUUCUUGAUACCAAUUGUAAAUGACUUGGGGCCGAGCUCAUGCUCAAACAUCAUUCUUGUACCUACAAGAGAGCUCGCUUCGCAAAUUUAUAAAGAAAUUGUGAAAUACAUUGACAGUCCUAACUUUGUUUCUAGAUACGUAAGCGGCAUAGACGACGAACAAGAGCGCAAGCUAAAAAAUGCUUUACGCGAGUGUAAAGUGUUAAUAUCGACACCGAAACGUUUUUUAGAAAUUAUUGAAGAGAACAGUGGCCACUUUCGUAAAGUCAAGCGUUUGGUUUUAGACGAGGUCGAUAAACUUUUGCCAUUCACAUCUCAUUACAGCAAAGCGCAGCGAAAAAGAGUUAGUAAGCCUAAACCAACUGAAAAAAUUGUUAACAUGAUAACACAUUAUAAUAAAAACGUUCAGCUUAUUGCUACGUCAGCAACCAUAUCUCAGAAUCUCGUACAUGAACUCCAAGAUUUAGGAUUUCAAAAGAAUUGUCCCGUUUUUAAGCUUUAUCCUGAUCAGUAUCGUUACGGACGCGUUCCGGACAAUAUAAAAAACUUAUUUACAAUUGUUUCAGGCGAUAACUUGGAAUCAAAACUCCGUUGGUGCAUUAAACUUUUUGAAUAUCAAAAGUUAACUUCCGUAUUACUAUUUGUAAGUCGCGAAGAAUCUGUGGAAAAAACUGUAGAACUGCUUAAGGAUAUGGGGUACAUGGCUUCAGCUCUUUAUAAAGAAUUACUCGUGCCUUCAUCGCAAACGGUUGAUCGUUUUCUUCAAGAUUUUAAAACUGGCCUUAUCAAAUUUGUUGUUUCAAAUGAGGAAACAGUUCGAGGCAUGGACUUUCCAUUUGUAGAUACCGUUUACAUGACUUACGUUCCUGAUUCUCCAGAAGCUUAUCUUCACGUAGCUGGUCGCGUCGGUAGGCUUGGUCGCCCAGGCACUGCACUCACGUUCAUUAGUGAGGAGAACGAAGCGACUGAAUUGAAACACCUUAAACGGAGAUAUCUAUUGCUUGGGAUUAAAGGAAAGAGGUUGGAACUAGUAUAAAAGAUCUGCAAGCAAUUAUUAUUUUUAAUGGAACAAAUAAUUUUAGUAAUCUAUAAUAUUUGUUUAACUUUAUAUUUUGUCCUUUUGAAAUACUUCUAUAUAAAACAAUGUUAGCUUUGCUUUAAAAAAAACAUCCGAACUA